AAAACAAAAUAAAAUUAAAAUGAAAUUUUAAGGAGCGUAAUUAAGAAUAAGCAUAAUAAAUAAUUCCGUUUGGUUGGAAGAGAUUCGAGAAACGCAUUGUUCUAAAUUCUAAUCGGCUUGAUUAUAAAGCGUAGCACAAACUACAAUUUUCCCACCAUAAAUUAAAACCCUGAUCUUCUCUGCAGAGUUAGGCAAAUCAGGAUAAACCACAAAACCAAAACCAAAGCUUUGAAAGAAAAGAUGGGCACUAAUCUGAUAGCAUUCGGAGGCGGUGGAGGAAUAGCAGUAGGCGGAGGAGUGAGAGUUUCAAUGGCGACACCGUGGGCUGUGAGAGCAGAACUCCCCAAAGCUCCUGACCUGUGCGUUGACCGCUCCAUUCUGGGAAGUGGGUCUUCCUCGUCUGGCCGUCAUGACCUCGUUUUCGUCGUCAAUCCUAGCAGUGCGAAUGGGAGGACAGGGAAGGAGUGGAAGAAGCUGCUUCCAUAUCUAAGGUCUCGCCUUGGUGCUGAUUGCAACAUAUGUGAAUCUUUAACAUCAGGCCCGUCUCAUGCAAUUGACAUAACGAGGGAGGCUAUACGUGAGGGAGCUGAUGCUGUAAUCGCAGUGGGAGGAGAUGGAACUCUGCAUGAGGUUGUUAAUGGAUUCUUUUGGGCAGGAAAAACUGUUACUAAUUAUGAUAGGGAUGCCACCCAUUCAACUGCACUUGGUCUCAUUCCUUUGGGGACUGGAUCCGAUUUUGCCAGAACAUUUGGCUGGAAAAAUGAUCCCCAUGAAGCCAUUGACCGUAUAGCCAAAGGGCAGAGAUCACAGAUUGAUGUUGGUGUUAUUAGUGGAGAAGAUGGAGAACCUCAUUACUUUGCUAAUGUUGCUGACAUUCAUUUGAGUGCAAAAGCAGGAUUCUAUGCUUCUAGUUAUAAGAGAUUUGGAAACUUGUGCUACGUUAUUGGUUCAUUAAAAGCUUUUGUUGGGCACUGUAAUCAGGACCUUAAAAUUAAGGUCAAUGAAGGGGAGUGGGAAGUAUACUCUCAAGUAACUGCCGUUUGUGUUGGAAAUGCAAAAUACUUUGGUGGUGGUAUGAAAAUUACACCAAAUGCUGACCCUCGCAGCGGCAAUUUUGAGGUUGUGAUCCUUCAAGACUUCAAGUGGUAUGACUUUAUUCUGAAGCUACAUAAGCUCUACAAUGGGAUGCAUCUAACAAUGAAAAAUGUAUCUUCAAGAAGCGUGCAUUCUAUUGAGGUGGAAGACAUUUCAGGCAGUGGCAGCAUUUAUGUUCAAUCUGACGGCGAACGUAUAGGAUUCCUGCCUAGGAAGUUUUGUAUAUUACCUUCUGCAAUCGAAAUGAUAUGCUGAAGUGAACUGUGGAACUUGUACCAGGUGCCUUAUCGAAGAAAUUGAAGAGUGUGCAGAUGAAGCAAGCUAUGCAUCAGUUCAGCUGCUGGAAAGAAAAUGAACCGGAAGGUUUUUUCUCAUCAAAUAAUCAAUCAGACAGAGAGUACAGCUUUAUUUAUACAUACAAGCGACUAACAUAACUGAAGCUCGCAAAUUGUAAUAGAAUCGCAGCUCGUAAACUGAUCACGCACUUCUAACUAUUCUUGCAAUCUCCAGCAUAGUCAAACCGAAGCAGCUGAAUCCGAUCCAGUGUAUGCUGGUGUGUUGUAUAAUCUUCCGUUUUCCAGCUUUGCUAGUUUUCCUGUAUGUUUUCCAGCUUUGAUUGCAUCGACUUGUUUGGUAAUUGUAAAAUAGCAAAGCCUCAAAGGAGACUGAAUCUUAGGUGCUGCCACCUUUUGUGCCUAUCUCUCUCGUCAUCUGAUGUGUCACAUGAGGAGAAAGAUGGGCACGAUGGAGUAUACACCCGGUGCUAAGUUUUGUUUCAAGUACAGUAAAUUUUCA